CGAAGAGACACUAGCUGAUUUUUACUUAUUUUUGUAUUCCUUCGUCGGAGGAAUGGUCUAUAAAUAAGGGUGCCACAUGAAUGUAAAAUCCAGUGUAACAACACUCGCACUCGUAUUCGGUUCUUUUUACAACUGCUAACUACUAAAACAACAUGGACUCUGAAGAUGAGCAAAAGAUGGCCAUGCUCCGCAAGGCCUUCCAAAUGUUUGACACCACCAAGACAGGUUACAUCGAAGUCCUUAAGGUCUCAACGAUCUUGAACACAAUGGGUCAGCUUUUCGACGACGCUGAACUACAGGCCCUCAUCAGUGAAAAUGACCCAGAAGGCUCUGGAAAAAUCAAUUUCGAUGGAUUCUGCAACAUCGCCUCCCACUUUUUAGAAGAAGAGGAUGCUGAAGCUAUGCAACAGGAACUGAAAGAAGCUUUCAGGUUGUACGACCGCGAAGGCAACGGCUACAUAACCACAUCUACCCUCAAAGAGAUCCUUAAAGCCCUCGAUGACAAAUUGAGCAACUCCGAUCUUGACGGUAUCAUCGCUGAAAUUGACACUGACGGUUCCGGUACCGUAGAUUUCGAUGAAUUCAUGGAGAUGAUGACUGGCGAUUAAAGCAAACACUUACCAUUUACUGUAGUAUUAUUUAUACUUAGAUUUUUAUAAUGCACAUUAAGUUCUAAAGACUACAUCAGUACAAACAAAUGCGGUAUUAGCAUAAAUGCAUGUUGGAAAUUCUAAUUGUGCACGUUUAUAAUCUAUCUUAUAGAUAGGUGUUUAAAUUAUAAGUUUUACUUUAUUUUCGUUCCAAUCUAUUAUUUCCAUGAUAAUUUAAAUGAAACGAAUUCCAUGCGUAUUGACAUUAUAUGCUAAUAUUUAUAACGCAA